GCUAGGAGAAAUAUCCAAGGCUGAAAAUAUUCUCCAUUUUACUUUUGCUCUUUUCACAUGAAAACGUUUGAGGAGAUGGAGGAUGGAGAUGGCUACAUGAUGUUGAAUCGCAAAAAUCUUUUCAAAUCCAGGCAGAGAUCUAAAGAUUUCUCCUUGUAUCCACAUUAUUAUUGUAUUAUGCUAGUAUUUGGAUGCAUUGGGAUUCUGAUUUUCAUGGUGACAGUGAUUGGCCUGAACUUUUGUGAUAAAAAAAUGGAUUUCUCACAGAAUGUAAAUGUCAGCAGCUUAGCAGAAAAUAAGCAUAUGUGCCCAAAUGACUGGCUGUUGAACCAAGGGAAGUGUUAUAAGUUUCCAACUUCUCCUAAAACUUGGAAUGAGAGUCAACGUGAUUGCACAAAACUCCAAGCACAUUUGCCAGUGAUAAACAAUUCUAAGGAGCUGGAGUUCAUACAGAAGAGUUUAAAACCUGGGUGUCCUGUUUGGAUUGGACUAUAUGUUAUAUCCCCAGGAAAACAAUGGAAGUGGAUAAAUGAACAUGAUUUUUUGAAACAAAAAAUUUUUUCAAUAAUUGGACCAACUGAUUUAAGGAGCUGUGCUGUCACAACAAGAAAUCAAGUGUAUUCCGAAGACUGUAACUCCAAAUUUAAUGGCAUUUGUCAGAGAGAUGUCUGAACAACGAACGCAAAUCUGUGCAUUUAAAUAAAGAAGUGGAAAAAAUGUG